AUGCACCAAUUUACCAGCCCGCGCGUGCAAUGCGCAGCUACCUACACUCCCCCCGCACAAGUCAUCGGUGAACGAAACUGCGGCAGCUACAACCACUGUACGAGUAUGCGUCAAAGAAUCCGAUUUAUGUACCUCAUCUUGGUUAUCACCCAUUUCAUCCUCUUCCUUAAUUUCCACUUGGUCGUCGCAGACUAUGAACCAGGCGAGCGGUUCGGUCAUACCCUUUACUAUACACUGGAUGAUAGUUGUCUGAGCAUUCCAUCUGAUGGAGAAAUUUAUGAAAACUUGGGAUUUCCUGAGCUUAGAACAGAUGCACGCUUUUUAAGCAUCAUUGGGCCGGCCAAGUGCGAACCGGUAUUUACGCUGAACUCCACCGCUUUGGAAGUAUAUAUUAUCAAAGAUUGUCUGACGCCUGUUAAACUCUUUGCUCCAAACUUGCGGGCAUUCAGCAUACUCGAUACAGCUGCCGUGCGAUGGCUAGAAGAUCAGUGGGUCUUCCCGCGUCUUCGAGUUAUUAAUUUGAUCACGGUGAAGACCAAAGACACUGUGAAUUUGACAACGUUGGGCAGUUCGGAGUUGGAAAUAUUGCGAAUAAAACGGGUGGAAUAUAGCAAGAUUCGUCUCAACUACAACCCAGGCUUCGCAAAAUUACGCGUAUUGGAACUUGGUACAAUCGGCUCGGCUUUCCUAUACAACAUUUGCCCGUUUGUCGCGGAACUCAUGUACUUGGAAGUAAUUUAUCUGAAUCGCUUGGAAGACCAAUGUAUACCAGAAACUUUGAAGAAAUUGUGGUCGAAAGCGAAACGGCUCCGUGUUAUUCGCCUUUACAACUCCAAUUACUAUUUGCCCGAUACAAAUCCGUGUAAAAUUCUCCCUCUAGGGAUUGAACAUAUCAGCUCAGAGAUGCAGGAAGGUCUUACAUCUACUCGUGUGUAUGACUGCUUCGAACAGCUCAAGUCGUUAACCCUGCGCGUAAAUUCAGAGAGUAUUUCGGAAAUCAGCUCUAAACAUCGAAGUGUACGCAUAGUCAGUUUAUCCAAACGCUCCAGUUUCCAAGAGAACUUGCCUAUUCGUUUGGAAAAUGCCGUUGUCGCUAGCAUCCAGCAAGUCUUCACCAAAACCCACCAACUACCAGAUUUACCGAAUGCGGAGAUUAUUCAAUUCACACGAAACGGCUUCACAUUCGCCCCCAAUAUCGAACCGUUCCCUAACAUUCCAAAAGUUCGAUCACUGGACUUGUCCGGAAACCCACUUAUAUACGUACCAGCUGGUGUGUUCAACAAAUUANGGCAUUCUAGGUUACAACAAACGGAUAUAAUUUAUUUCGCAGACAGGGCAUUUUGUGAUCUAUUAUGGCCGAGAGCACUUAUAUUGCACUUAUCCUAUCCUGAAGACGUCCAUCUUUUUACCAUCCCCGGAGAAGAAACAGUCAGAAAAUACAACAGCACUCUUAGCUGUCUAAUACAAUCCCACAAGAUCACGAAUGUGGUGAUUGACGGACUACAAUGUGACUGCGCCAGGAAACCGUACCAGUAUUUGGACAAGAAAACAAUUCGAAAACACAUGGGUCUGGAUGUAAUGUAUUGCGACCAGCGCAUAGAGGAUAAUUUACCUGCUUAUGACUUCUUUGAAAGUGACUGUGAGAGUGUUGCCCCCUCGAACAUUGUGGAAGCGUCACCACCAUCGGUGCCAAAAACUUGCCAAUCAACUGGCUAUCUGGUGUUACUCGGACUGGCGUGGAUAAUUUUUAUGCUAUUCUGUCUGGUCCCGCCUCCCAUACUUUUCUUCUUUCACACAAAAGAUAUGAAGAUGCGACUACGACUCGACCAAACAAUCAAUUCCAGAGCCAAGCUGUUUAUUAUCUGUCCAAGACAUGCACGAAAAUGGUGUAAAAGAGUUGUUAUACCAUGUUUACAGGCUGAUAUUUCAAACAAUCCGGAACCCAAGUUGCGUGAAUUCAUACCUGCGGUGCCGCGUGAUUUAAGGACAGGGCAAAUAAACCAGCACUCCUCCCUACCUCCUGAUACUAAAAAGACGGGUUCCACGAGAGUUAACCCCGCAUCACGUACCAGUCGAUCAACCUCGAUCUAUUCCACAGCGGAACGCGCGAAACGUGAAUCAUUUUUGCCUGCAGAUACACCACUGAAAGGGGUUUGGGCAUGGCAACCAAGAUUUAGAUGCCAACUUGCUCCUCCGGCCAGACAUCGUCUUACACUCCUAAUGGAAUCCAAACAGGUUUUAAUUAUUUUCCCUAGUUCCAGCCUGUUUUCCGAACCGGCUUGUCGAGCGCAACUACGACUGGCCUUUCAUCUCUGUCGUCUGCAUCUAACACCACCCCCGGGGAUUAUUGUAUGGCCUACAACCGAUUCGAAAGCAAACCUUGCGGGCAACUAUCGUUCCGUCAACCGCAACAGCAGGUUGGCAGACCAUGAUAAAUAUUAUCCGGCGCCAAAAUUCAACACGGUGACAAAUGAUCCGGAUGAUAUCGCCGAGAAAGCUGUAAUUAAGGCCAAAGUGCCCAAUCGCGAUGAGGCGAUCCAUAUCAUGCAGUAUUUUGCUACCAUCACAAGCCCGUGUAUUGAGUGGUCCAAUUCAAAAACGGCGCGAGAGAACCUCAAACCGUUGGUAUGGCUGUUCAACAAGGCUUAUCGUAUUCCUGCAUAUUGAACGACGGGCGCAACGAACACCUACCCUCCCAAUAGCGUGACUUGAGUGAUAUAGCACUUUAGGAUACGUAGAAUAUGUGCUUAACAAAAGGUUAGAGUGAUGCUCUGUACGCAAGCACAUUACUGAUGUAAUCAGCCUGUAGAUAUCAGUCAUACGAUAUAACGC